AUGAGUCUCAAAGGCUUUUCAAAGAGUCUAACCCGGGCGCCUCAACAAUUCAAGCACAAGUUCAACAUUGGAGAGCACACCAAGGAUGCGGUGUACAUCGACGCCGAGCGCCGUUUCCAAGAAUUAGAGACCGAGACGAAGAAACUCCACGAUGAGUCCAAAAAAUACUUUGAAGCCAUCAACGGCAUGCUCAAUCACCAGAUCGAGUUCAGCAAGGCCAUGACGGAAAUCUACAAGCCGAUUUCAGGACGCAUGUCUGACCCCAAUAGCAUCAAACCCGAGGGAAACCCCGAAGGAAUAGCUGCCUGCGAGGAGUACGAGUCCAUCGUCAAGGAGUUGCAAGAGACGCUCGCACCGGAACUGGAAAUGAUUGAGUCUAGGGUUAUCCGCCCAGCUACGGAGCUGAUGGACGUGAUCAAGGUGAUUCGGAAAACGGCUGUCAAACGAGAACACAAGAAGCUCGACUAUGACCGACACCGCGCUGCCCUAAAGAAGCUGCAAGACAAAAAGGAGCGCUCGGCCAAGGACGAAAAGGCAUUGUGGAAAGCAGAGGGAGAUGUGGAGCAGGCAACGCAGGACUUUGAGUAUUUCAACAACCUUUUAAAAGACGAUUUGCCCAAGCUCUUUGCCCUGGAACAGGAAUUCAUUCAGCCUCUUUUUCAAUCAUUCUAUUAUAUGCAACUCAAUGUUUUUUACACGCUUCACGAACGAAUGCAGCGAUGCGACAUUGGAUACUUUGACCUGACCCUCGACAUCGAGGAGGCUUUCAUCCAAAAGCGGGGGGAUAUCCAAGAACGAGCAGAGGCCUUGUCGAUCUGCCGCUUCAAGACCACUGGAAGGCCUCGGCCGAUCCGAUACGGCGCUCGACCAGCCCUCGAAGGCGGCAAGCAACCCGGCUUACUUACUGCCGGACCGUCGGCAACAAGCAGCAGUACGAGUCCCAAGGCUGGCGCGUACGGUCGCACUUCCAGCGACGCCGGCCAAGCCGCGCCGCCACCAUAUUCCCCUGGAAACAACACUGCUCUGUCGACCAUUGCCGCCGCCAAGGCGAAGCCUCCGCCGCCAAAGCCCAAGCCCAAGCGCUUGACAGCAGCGCCAGCAGCGCCAGCAGCAGAGACAGUUACAGCGCUUUACGACUAUUCGGCGCAAGCCGACGGGGAUUUGAGCUUCCGAGCCGGCGACGUGAUUGAGAUUGUAUCCAGGACACAGAAUGAAAACGAGUGGUGGACUGGACGACUUAAUGGCAAGGAGGGUCAAUUUCCAGGCAAUUAUGUGCAAGUUUGA